AUGAGAGGUGACCAGAAAACGGCGCAAAGACCAGAGGAUCAACCAAGAAAGACAAUACAUAGGCAGAAUAUGAGAGGUGACCAGAAAACGGCGCAAAGACCAGAGGAUCAACCAAGAAAGACAAUACAUAGACAGAAUAUGAGAGGUGACCAGAAAACGGCGCAAAGACCAGAGGAUCAACCAAGAAAGACAAUACAUAGACAGAAUAUGAGAGGUGACCAGAAAACGGCGCAAAUAUCAGAGGAUCAACCAAGAAAGACAAUACAUAGACAGAAUAUGAGAGGUGACCAGAAAACGGCGCAAAGACCAGAGGAUCAACCAAGAAAGACAAUACAUAGACAGAAUAUGAGAGGUGACCAGAAAACGGCGCAAAGACCAGAGGAUCAACCAAGAAAGACAAUACAUAGACAGAAUAUGAGAGGUGACCAGAAAACGGCGCAAAGACCAGAGGAUCAACCAAGAAAGACAAUGCAUAGACAGAAUAUGAGAGGUGACCAGAAAACGGCGCAAAGACCAGAGGAUCAACCAAGAAAGACAAUACAUAGACAGAAUAUGAGAGGUGACCAGAAAACGGCGCAAAGACCAGAGGAUCAACCAAGAAAGACAAUACAUAGACAGAAUAUGAGAGGUGACCAGAAAACGGCGCAAAGACCAGAGGAUCAACCAAGAAAGACAAUACAUAGACAGAAUAUGAGAGGUGACCAGAAAACGGCGCAAAGACCAGAGGAUCAACCAAGAAAGACACUACACAUAGACAGAAUAUGA